AUGAGCUCAGCGAACGAACAGAAGGCAGAAGGGAAGAAGUGUAGUGAAACAUUCUCACGGGGAGGUGAUGUUUUCUCGUCUUGAUCUCAUUUUAUGAAUGAUAAGAACGAUGAGUGCGUCGAGAAGAUAGCAGCGACGCAACUUGGUUAGAUGGUGUGCAUGCCCAACAAGGCCGAAGCAGCGUUUUUGUUUUGCUGGGCGCUCUGCGGAUAAUUUUGACAAGAGCGACAGGUCAGUGGACCGCAGCUCAAGAUGGCGCAACAUCUAGCCCCGAGUGUGAAUUGCUCGCUGGACGACAUCGACCUCAGUGCCCUGAAGGAUCCAGCCGGGAUAUUCGAGCUGAUAGAAGUCGUGGGCAAUGGAACGUACGGACAAGUGUACAAGGGACGCCACACAAAGACUGGCCAAUUGGCUGCAAUUAAGGUUAUGGACGUCACCGAGGACGAAGAAGAGGAAAUAAAACUAGAAAUCAACGUACUGAAAAAGUAUUCUAACCAUCGAAACAUUGCCACAUAUUAUGGUGCGUUCAUCAAGAAAAGCCCACCAGGAAAGGAUGACCAGCUCUGGCUGGUGAUGGAGUACUGCGGAGCUGGCUCAGUCACAGAUCUUGUCAAAUCUACCAAAGGCCAAAGUUUAAAGGAGGAGUGGAUUGCUUACAUUUGCCGUGAAAUUCUUAGAGGUCUUAGUUAUUUGCACAGCAACAAAGUUAUCCAUCGAGACAUCAAGGGCCAAAACGUGCUACUCACAGACAAUGCAGAAGUCAAACUUGUCGAUUUCGGCGUGAGCGCGCAGCUGGACCGGACGAUCGGUCGGCGGAACACGUUCAUCGGGACGCCUUACUGGAUGGCGCCGGAGGUGAUCGCGUGCGAGGAGAACUCGGACGCGACGUACGACAACCGGUCGGACCUGUGGUCGCUGGGCAUCACGGCGCUCGAGAUGGCAGAGUCGCAGCCGCCGCUGUGCGAUCUACACCCGAUGCGCGCGCUGUUCCUCAUCCCAAGGAACCCGCCGCCACGGCUGCGCUCCAAGAAGUGGCCCAAGAAGUUCCACAGCUUCAUCGAGACCGUGCUCGUCAAGGACUACCACCAGCGCCCCUACACGGAGCAGCUGCUGAAGCACCCCUUCAUCAGGGACCAGCCCACUGAGCGCCAAGUCAGGAUACAGCUCAAGGACCACAUUGACCACUGCAAGAAGCGCAAGAAGGAGAAAGAGAGGGAUGAUUAUCGCUAUAGUGGCUCUGAGAAUGAGGAGGACGAGCCGGCCAUGGCUGGAGAGCCUUCCUCGAUCGUUCAAGCGCCUGGUGAUAAUACUCUGAGAAGAAACUUUCAGCAAAUCCAGGAGGGUCGGGCGAUCGCACAAAGUGAACGCGACGCCAUCCAACCGGUGCCAAGGGAGAGGAGCAAAAAGGGCGAGCGCGAGGAGAUUCCAGACCCUGGCCCGCCGGCUAGGCCGCCUCUGCCGCAGAGACUCAUUGUGGUUCCAGACCCUCAGCCGCCGUCGCGCCCUCUGCCGCUGCCGCCGCGCGACGACCACCGCGGCGCCGACAAGCAGCAGCAACCGCCUCCACAGCGCAGUUCGCAGCUCUUCAAGCCGAACGACCUGGACGCCUUGGCCGCGCAGCUCAACGAGCUGGGCGCGGCCGCCCGGCCCAACGGCAAGCUGCACCAGGUGCCAAGCAGUGUUGGCGGCCCGUCCGCGCACCACCCAGGCGCCGCCAACCAGCAGGCCGUCAACGUGCUCGACCAGCCCGACAGCGACUCGGACGCCGAGGAGGACGGCCGCGUCCACAAUGACGGCACCCUUUUGGCUAGUGACCCCCCUAAGCCUUUGCCUGGUGAGAAUGGGCAAGGGCCUUCUAAUCAUGAAGCGCCUGCCCCGAGCGGAGGCGCGCCCAACAGACCUCUCCCUCCGACACCUGACGAUGAGGAGAGUGGCGACCGCACCCUGGUGCACAAGAGGAAGGCCACCGCCGCAGCCGCCGCCGCUGCUGCUAAAAAAGCGCCGUUCACGCCGGAGGAUCAGAAAUUGCUCAGGGAGUGGAACAUUUCCAAGUUCUUCCAAGACUUCAACAACAGAUUGGAGAGCAACAACGGUGGCAAGAAGAGCGCGGCCGAGGCCCCAGUGGCCCCGACGCACCGCAGGGUCGAGAGCGACCUGAAGCUGAGGCGCGAAAAGUCGGACCUGUUCCCGCACAGGUCGUCGCUGCUGCUCGCGCUUGCCAAGCAGCCUGGCCAGGGCGAGCCGGUGCUUACCGACUUCCGCAGGCAGCAGCAACAGCCGCAGCCGAUAGCCAGGAAGCAGCAGCAGAACAGUGGCCCCAACUCAGGUGGUGGCGGUGGAGGUGGCUUUAGGCCCGCCGCUGCGGAUAAUGCAGCGGCCGCGCCGGAUCUCAAGUCGCGUAGGCGUAACAGCACACACGGACUCGUUGCACUUUCCUCCUUCCCAGAUUCCCAGCUGUCAAGUGGUGCUAAGCAACGCGCCGAGAUGGCCGGCGGCAGGAUGAGUGGAGGUGAUUUUAGUCGCAUGGAGUCUCCUGGACAGCUCAACACGCCAGGCUCAAGGACUAGUUCUGUGUUACCUGACCUGCUUACUCAGGCAUCGUCAAGUCCCGGCACGCCGAACCAGAGGUCGCAGGACAAGUCGACCAGCGACGAGUACCGGCAAGCUAUGAGUAAAAAUCCCCACCUUCAGCAGAAACAGCGCUCGUUCCUGACAUUUGGAUUCGGCGCCGGCGGCUCGGGCACCAACACCGGCACCACCGGGUCGGGCGGCGCCUCGAGGCGCGAGUCGCACGUCAACGUCAACGUCACCCCGACUGCGCACGAGAUUCUGUCGGAUACGCCCGAGAUCCGCAAGUACAAGAAGAGGUUCAACUCGGAAAUCCUCUGCGCUGCACUUUGGGGCGUAAACUUGCUGAUUGGAACAGAGAAUGGGCUGAUGCUCCUGGACAGAAGCGGCCAGGGCAAAGUCUACCAGCUUAUUUCUCGGCGCAGGUUCCAGCAGAUGGAGGUGCUGGAGGGUCAGAACAUUCUGGUCACCAUCUCCGGCAAGAAGAACAGAGUCAGAGUGUACUACCUGUCUUGGCUAAAGUCCAAGAUCCUGCGGACGGACGGUGGCAGCGAACAGCAAGUGGAGCGUCGUAAUGGCUGGAUCAAUGUUGGAGAUCUGCAAGGUGCUGUUCACUUCAAGAUCGUCAAGUACGAGCGCAUCAAAUUUCUUGUGAUAGCUUUGAAAGAGUCGAUAGAGAUCUACGCGUGGGCACCCAAGCCCUACCACAAAUUCAUGGCUUUCAAGUCAUUUGGAGAGCUCAUGCACCGUCCACUGCUGGUCGACCUAACCGUGGAGGAGGGCACUCGUCUAAAAGUGAUUUACGGAUCUGCUGACGGAUUCCACGCCGUAGACUUAGAUUCUGCAUCAGUUUAUGAUAUCUAUAUGCCAAAACACACUCAGGGACCGAUUACACCUCACUGUAUCGUUCCCUUGCCAAACUCAAACGGAAUGCAGCUGCUGCUGUGCUACGACAAUGAGGGUGUUUACGUCAACACUUAUGGAAAGGUGUCUAAAAACAUAGUGUUGCAAUGGGGCGAGAUGCCGACGUCUGUCGCCUACAUAGGAACUGGUCAGAUCAUGGGCUGGGGCAACAAGGCCAUUGAAAUCCGUAGCGUAGAGUCAGGCCAUCUGGACGGCGUGUUUAUGCACAAAAAGGCCCAGAAACUCAAGUUCCUUUGUGAACGCAAUGACAAGGUGUUCUUCUCUUCAGCAAAAGGUGGAUCUUCGUGCCAGAUUUACUUCAUGACCCUGAACAAACCGGGAAUGGCCAACUGGUGAAGCGGAUGCCAAUGAAACACACACACACAUACCAAACACUCGUCUGCAGUUUUUAUCAAGUAUUUUUUCUAUCAAGAGAUGUUGUUCGGUCAUGAAGCGGAAACCAAACUGUCUAUGAUUUAAUAAUGUCUAGCUGAAAAAGAUGAUGUUUAGUUGCGUCGGCGGCGAGAGCAGUAUUAAAUGUUGCAGUCUAGCACAAAAUUAAAUGUCGUCUGUGGUGAGAGAUCGGAGGGAGAAUGCGUGCGUUCCCCACACGUCGAGGAGCGCGUGUUUCAAAUUGUAUCAAGACUGUAUCCAUUUUUUAUUACACGAGGGUUUGGACAACACACACUCACACUGGAUGGCGAAUUAACUAACCUUCUCUGUUUACUUCCAAUACGAAUAUUAUAAUAAUUUUAUGCGUAGUAAUCAAUGUCUUUUGUAUAUCUAGUUUUUAUCAGAAGCCAUUCUCUAGAAGUUUUUUAUAUAUUUAUUUGUUGCUAUUAUAUAUUAUAUAAAAUCUAUUAACAAAUUUUUGGAAUGGUGGAAACACGAACGACAUCUUUAGCAAACGGAUGAGAAAUAUCAUAAAAAUAACACUAUUAUACGCUAGUGUGUAGUUUGGUUCUUCUUACGUUUAUCGCAUAUAUUGUUUUGUACGACGUGACGAGUAUAUGUACCAAUCACCCACGCAAACAAAGCAUUCAGACAAACAAAUGUACCGAUGGCGCUUUAUGAUUUCGUUCCGAUGCAAUCGAGCCAAUUCCCCGCAUUUCUCGAUCCCGAACAAGAGAACGAGCCGGUUGUUUUUUAUACGGAAAAAAGCAAGAAUUAGUAGUUUUUGUACUUGUGGUAUUUGAACUACAUCCGAAAGGGAGGCAUUAGACAGCCGAUUCAUCAUUUUUUGCAACAUUCUAUCCCAGCUGCAAUAUUCAACCGUUUUUUACUUUCAUAUCGUAAGGUAGCAGUGCAGGUGGAGCUCUCAACAAUAAUAGAUAUGCAGAAAUAAAUAAGAUGUCUGCCCCCAGCCCCUCUUCCCCUCACUCGAUCAUAGGUGACAAAAGGUCACCGGUCAGAGAACAAAAGUGGCAUGAAGUCAUGUAAAUCAAACGACCUCUUGCCAAUUUCGUCCUUUGCCCCAUGACAUUUGGUCAGGUAGAUAAUUCAUCCGAUGCUAAUUACUCUGCUCUUUUCUUACGGAAUCGUUCAACAUACACACUCACACAUGCUCAAUUUUUUUAUUUGCAUUAAUGGAAUUUCCUGGUAUACUAUAAUUGAGAUGAAAAGCGUAGCGAGUCAAGUCAACCGGUUAAUUUGUAGCUAGUGUCUACCCAAGAUGGAUCUGUACAUACACACACAUUUAGCAAGGGCUGAGAUCAUUAUAUUCAGACUAUCCUCAGUUUUUUUCUGUUCCCACGUGGAACAUGUCAACGCAUUUAUUGUACUCACGCGAAAGUUGAGAGAGAAAGAGAUGGUUUUUCUACUGCGACGGAGAGAGUUUUUGGAAAAAAGUGCGUGUGUCUUCGUUGCAAUUUGCAGUUGAAUUCUUUUUUUAACUCCUACCACGGAUUUGAUCUUGUAUAAGAGAGGCGAACAAUGAUUGUAGUCGUAGUGACAGGCACACCAAUCUAUUAUUAUCAUAUUUGUGAUCAUUUUAUUAUCAAAAUAGCCCAGAUUUUUUUACUGUAUCAUAGUUACUCAGAAAGAAAUAAAAAUUUCAAAUUGCCUCAUA